UCGUGCGCAGGAUCGUUCCCUCCUGUGCUCAUACACUAGAGACGACCCCGAAUUCCCCCCUCAACCUUCUGGAGCCCGUCAGAGAAUCCGAGUGUUUGUAUGGUCUAUAGAGAAGAGAAUGGUGAGCCGUAGAAGAGCUGGGUAACCACACCUCUCUUCGUCUCACGUCUUCAACGCGUGCACCCGGUCACCAUAUCACCAUGCAGCAGUCUGGACACAGGCCACACGGGCUGAGUAAUACAAACCGAACAAAGGAUCUCCGAAUCAGGGGUGACACGCCAUGGUUAUUUUGAUCACGUUUAAUCAGCAAUCAGUAACGGCCUGCUGCCACGCGAGGGAGGCUAAGGCUAUGCAUGGCACACCCUCGAGUCCCCGGUCUCCCCUAUAUAAAGCCCACCUUUUCCCCUUUCUUUGUCUUCUUCUUCAGCAACAACGACCUGUUACGCUUCUUAACGACCUAACACCAAACACAUCUAUCUCAAUGGGCCUCUUUGACUUCUUUAACAACGACCCUUCCGGCCGAGACGAGGUCUACAACCUCGAUCCUAACAACCAAGCCCACAAGGCCAAGCUCUCUCACGAGCUCAUCGGCGGUGCUGCCGGUUUUGAGGCUAUGAAGGCUUAUGAAAACCACGUUGCCAGGAACGGCAAGCCUCCUUCUCACGCUUUGGCCAAGCAGAUGCUGGCCGGUUUCGCCGCUGCCGAGGUUGACAAGCUUUUCGAGACCAAGGGUCUUGACGGCUGGGACCGAGAGGAGGCUAAAAGGCACGCGAAGGCUCAGGCUGAGCAGGCUCUCGACCAGUCUGGUCACUAUUAAUAGACCAACAGAAAGCAAAAAAAAGAGGGGCAACUGUUGAAGGCUAGUAUAACAUUGUUAGCAUGAUAUGAAAGAAGAUUAUACCAAUAC